UGUGAAGACGCGUGUGGAGUGGAAGAGAGUUUGUGCAAUGAACAGACAUUGACGCUUAAUUCAGUGGAUGUAUUCUGAAAUAUUGGACGUUUAUUUCAAUCAUGCCUCAUCAUAGACAUCACCGAAGUCAGCGAGGAAGUGUUAAAGACGAAACAAACAACAACGAAACCAGCGUGGUAGAAGGCACGCAUAACGACAACAAUCAGCCUGAGAAUAACCGACAUGUAGUUGUAAGCUGUUGUAUGCCGUCUGGGUGUCUAUGUUCGGAGGAAAGUAUAGAUCCGUCGGACGCUGGAGAUGCUGUCAGGGUUGUAUGCAACAAUGAUGCAUGUUCUGAAGGUACGUGGAUGCAUAAAAUUUGUUUUGAUGAUUGGGAGGACGGUGUGUUGGCUUACCUGAAGUCGUGUGGCAGAGCACGUAGCUGGAGCGAAAAGCAACGUUUGCAGAAUUUGUGGACCAAGAAGGGUUAUGAUCUUGCAUUCAAAGCUUGUGAUUGUCGUUGCGGGCGUGGUCACUUAAGGAAAGACUUGGACUACAUCCCACCCCCCAAAAAUGACAACGCCCGGAAACACAAGAAAAAGGCCAAGAAAAACGACCGUCCAAUGCCCGUGGUUACCAGUGGUAAGAGCGGGUCGCAUAACGUCAAUCAUAACGUGAACCAUAACGUUAAUCACAACCACGUCGACCAUGGAAACAACAACGUCAGUGGUCAAAACGGGAACCGAAACAACGGACAAAGUAUAGUAGGCUUAAAUGUCAACACGAACACUAUACGAAACCGAAACAUAAGUACCAGCAGCGAACCCAAGCUUGAUAACGUAAGUCGCAGCGUUACUGGAACGUCGAAUCCGCCCAACAAGAACUCCGGCUCGACCGGGAAGAAAAAUGACAACAACAAUACAGGUAGUGCUAAUAGCAUCAGUAAACCUAUUAACACUACUGCUAUCGUCCGUCCAAGGACCGACAGUCUCGGAAGUACAGGCAGUUCUUCCGUCAUCUCCACGGGGUCGAGCUCGCCGACGCCGUCGCCGCCUCGGAAUGGCAACAUGCUGAUACGGGCCCCCAAGCCUAAGUUUGACACGUGUUCGACCGACUCUGCUCAGACAUCGUUUUCUAACAUUUUCCGACGACGUCACGAUCUGACUGCGUUUAAUAUGCUUCCUCGUCACAAACAGAACCCGUACCACAUCAAAAUGGAGGAUGACGGACCACCCGGUAAUGACGAAACGCGGAGUUUUGUUCUCAACCAUCUGAGCACUUAUAAGGUGUCGUCUUUGAAUUGUGUGCUGUGUAUGUGCACACUUCCGGUGUUCGAUCGCUAUCCAAUGAUCGAUGGUACGUUCUUUCUGUCACCACAAGCGUACGGCGACGGCGUCGUUCAGGUUAUAUCGGAAGGCCGACUGCAGUUUAUCAACGCCGCAUGCGUCAACUGUCUGGAAGGUGCAAGCAAUGUCCAAUGUAUGGCAUGCAAAAGGAAGUGGGACGGAAGCACUCUACUCCUUGGGUCCAUGUAUUCUUAUGAUAUCUUCGCCGCGAUGCCUUGCUGUCAGAAGCGACUUACGUGCAAACAUUGUCGACGUGCCGUCGUUGACAUAAACAACGGUCUAGCGUUCUACAGCGAGUACAGCCGAAUGAUAGCGUGUCCUUACUGUAAGGCACACGACUACCAUUUCAUACGCCCCAUGCAGGAGACGUUCGCCGUGAAGCCAUACCAACCGGCCAAACAACAACCUAUAUGGAAUUAAUGAAUAGUGAACUUUAGAUAAUCGCAAAUAUUAACUUUGUGAGGACUGCACAUUUUUUAUAUGGUAACAUUUUGUAUGAUUCACACAUUUGCAAUAAGGCAACCUCACCAUCAUCAACAUGUUCAUCUUGACGUGCGCGUGUUAUUUGUGACCUGUAAUAUUAUAAAUGUGUAUUUAGCAGAGAAAAGUUCAAUGUAAGCGAACUGUAUCGAUGGCUAUAGCGGGACUUUUUGGGACACCCCAUCAUUCGGACUGAACAGUUUAUGAAAUUCAUUAUCAGGAAAGAUGAGUUUCGGGUUUUUAAUUUUGUUUCAUUUUCCGAGAUAUUACUUCGGAUAUGUUUACUUUUUGGAAGAUUGGUGGAAUAUCGUUUUUAUGUUGAUUUAUUUUUCAUCACGUGGUAUGUAUGGAAUCUUAGCGCGGGAUGUUUUUUUUAUUCGUAUUGGUGCGAUUGUAUGUGACUGCAAACAUUACUUUCCAAGUGCCUGGAUGACACUUAACAUAUGGAUGUUUCUUUUUUUUCUAAACGUGAAGCAUUUGGUGCAUAAUUGUGUCGGCUUAAAAGCUGUCGAGGGUCCAAUAGGAAAAUCGGAAGUGGAUUUGCAACAGAAAGUACAAUGUAUGUAGUGCAGAUAUUUCCAUAAAUGACAGUAAACUGGUAAUUUGUGUAAAAUGCACAUUUCCGAUGGAUUUUUUCAGCUCUCUGAGUCUCCCUACGAGGAACCUCGAUAGUGAGCUCCCGAAACUUCUGAAACUCUCCAUUAUGCUCGUAUAAUAUUAUGUUCACGGCACGUGUUAUUUUGCUGCUACACACGUACAUACUUAUUUGAAUUAGAGAAGAUCUUUAGUUCAAUAAUGAUUCACUGACCAAAGCUUCAUGAAAUGUGAGUAAAAUGGAAAAAAAGUAUAUAUCGUUCAUUACUUGCUAGCUUUCAGUCUGAGAACUGAAGUACGUCGUUCAUUGUAGUAACUUGUCAUGUAGGUGAUUUCUCCUAGUCGUCCACUAACAUUGAUGAAACGGUCAUGCUGGACAUUUUUCAGAAAUACUACAUUAUAAUAAUUCAGUAUUUGAUAUAGGGCAAAAACCGCAUCUAAUUGCGUAUGUGUAAGUAGGUAACUUGCUGUAUAUAUAAUAUACUCACGUGCAUAUGCUGUCGAUUGUAAGUCGCUUGUUUGCUGGUCUGUAAGACAGUGGUGCAGUACUGCAAAACUGAGGAAAUGGCGAACCUGUCGGGUUUAUUUUUUGAAAUAAAGUAUUUACUACGAA